UCAAACUUUAGAUUGAAUCAGAAAUCAAAUCAGUUGAGUGUAUUCUUUAUUGCUUGAAGAACCUUGCGGUGGGUUAUCAAAAUUAAAAUAUUAAAAUAAAAUAUCGUAAAAAUGAUACUGUUAUAUAGUUUUGUAAUAUAUGCCUGCAUAUUUUCGUGUGGAGCCCAAGACUCGUCCUUGGACAAUUUAAUUGCCGAUAUUUUUAAAACAGAUGAGACCCAACCGAGUUCCACCAUCCAACCGACUCCCCAAGUUCCUAAUGUCUCUGUCAGUCCCAAAGACUCAACACCAACUGGAACGGCCCAGUAUCAGUCGUGUGGCUAUCAAAAGGAGUGUGUUCCCCGGUGGCUCUGCUCAAAUAACACAAUAAACACCAGCGGCGAAAAUAUAAUUGAUAUUCGCAUUGAUACUGACGCAUCAUGCAAAAACCCCUUGGACCUGUGCUGUGAUCUUCCAAACAAGAGAACCGAACCGGACGGCUCGUUUGUCAUUCCAAAAGCCCCCGAAGGUUGUGGAUACUCAAAUCCAAACGGUGUUGGUUUUAAAAUUACCGGAGCUGUGAAUCAGGAGUCCGAGUUCGGGGAAUUCCCUUGGAUGCUUGCCAUACUACGGGAAGAAGGUCAACUGAACUUGUACGAAUGUGGUGGAGCUUUGAUAGCUCCAGAUGUGGUUUUGACUGCGGCCCAUUGUGUUCACAAUAAACAGCCGUCUACAAUUGUUGUGAGAGCUGGAGAAUGGGAUACUCAAACGAAGAGUGAAGUUGUCCCCCACGAGGAUCGUUAUGUCAAGGAAAUAGUGUAUCACGAGCAGUUCAACAAGGGGGCUCUUUAUAAUGACGUAGCAGUUCUUUUAUUGGAGAGUCCUUUCACCCUUCAAAGCAAUAUCCAGCCCGUUUGUUUACCAAAUGUGGGUGAUAUAUUCGAUUUUGAGCGCUGCUAUGCCACUGGUUGGGGCAAGAACAAGUUUGGAAAAGAUGGAGAGUACCAGGUUAUCUUGAAGAAGGUGGACUUGCCUGUCGUCCCCAAUCAAAGGUGCGAGGCAAACCUGCGCGAAACACGCCUGGGAAGACACUUCAUAUUGGACAAGAGUUUUAUUUGCGCUGGAGGCGAAAAAGAUAAGGAUACUUGCAAAGGAGAUGGUGGAUCCCCACUAGUGUGUCCCAUCAAGGGUCAGGCCAACAGAUAUAAGUCUGCUGGAAUUGUUGCUUGGGGCAUUGGAUGUGGAGAGGUGAAUAUUCCGGGAGUUUACGCUAACGUUGCCCAACUUCGUCCAUGGAUUGAUUCAAAACUAAAAUUAUGGAACAUUAGUCCAAUAUACUACACACCUUAAGGAUUUUAAAAGUCAAAUCAUACGCAAUCAAAAUAUUAUGUAAAAGAAAGAAAACAUUUUUAAAUAAAGUGUAACAAUUUUCUAAACUA